AAGUCUCCUGGGUGGGGGGUUGGGAAGAGCAGAUCGAGACAGGCUGGCUUCAGGGUCUCACACAGACUGGGCUGCCGGGAACAAAGGAGAGAGGUUUCCUGGAGGAAGUAUCCCUGACCAUGUCUAUUUCAGGCAAAAUGGAAGAUGCUGUGCAGCUGAAGGAAGAGGGGAAUAAAUAUUUUCAAAACCAGAAUUAUGAAGAGGCCUCCAGAAGCUACAGCCAGGCCCUGACGCUGACCAAGGACAAGGCCCUGCUGGCUACUCUGUACCGAAACAGAGCAGCCUGUGGUCUGAAAAUGGAGAGCUACGCUCAAGCAGCAUCAGAUGCAUCCAAAGCCAUUGACAUUGAAGCUUCAGACGUCAAGGCCCUGUUCCGCAGAUGCCAGGCUCUGGAGCAGUUGGGUAAGCUGGACCAGGCCUUCAAGGAUGUGCAACGCUGUGCUACACUUGAACCCAAAAACCGGAACUUCCAGGAGACUCUGAGGCGCCUUAAUUCUAGCAUCCAUGAGAAGCUCCAUGUCCAGUUUUCCACAGAUUCCAGGGUGCAGAAGAUGUUUGAGAUCUUACUGGAUGAGAAAAGUGAGACCGAGAAGCUUGAGAAGGCAGCCAACAACCUCAUCGUCCUGGGCCGAGAAGACGCUGGAGCUGAGAAAAUUUUCCAGAACAAUGGAGCGGCCCUCCUCUUGCAGCUACUAGACACCAAGAAGCCGGCUCUGGUGUUGGCUGCUAUCCGGACGCUGUCUGGCGUGUGCGAUGGGCAUCAGGCCAGGGCAGUGGCGAUCCUGCGCACCAUUCAAAUGGAUCGCAUCUGUGGCUGGAUGGCAGUGGAGGAGGAGGAGAUCUCCCGGGCGGUCUGCAGCCUCCUUCAGACCAUCAUCGAUGCCCUGUCUGGGGAGGACAAGCGAGAGCAUCGUGGGAAGGAAGAGGCUCUGGUUCUUGACACCAAGAAGGACCUGAAGCUCAUUACUAGCCACCUACUGGACAUGCUGGUCAAUAAGAAAGUAUCUGGCCAGGGCAGGGACCAGGCCCUGAACCUACUCAACAAAAACAUCCCCAGGAAGGACCUGGCCAUUCAUGACAAUUCCCGGUCCAUCUAUGUGAUAGAGAAUGGCCUGAGAAAGAUCCUGAAGGUGGUGGGGCAGGUACCAGAGCAGCCCUCCUGCCUGCCGCUGACGGACAACACCCGCAUGCUGGCCUCCAUCCUUCUCAACAAGCUCUACGACGACCUCCGUUGUGAUCCUGAGAGGGACCACUUCCGCAAGAUCUGUGAGGAGUACAUCACGGGCAAGUUUGAUCCCCAGAACAUGGACAAGAAUGUGCACGCCAUCCAGACGGUGUCAGGGGUCCUCCAGGGCCCCUUUGACCUGGGGAACCAGUUACUGGGGAUGAAGGGCGUGAUGGAGAUGAUGGUGGCCCUGUGUGGUUCUGAUCGGGAGCAGGACCAGCUGGUGGCAGUGGAAGCCCUGAUUCAUGCUUCCACCAAGCUCAGUCGAGCUACCUUCAUCAUCACCAACGGCGUGACCUUGCUCAAAGACAUCUACAAGACAACGAAAAACGAGAAGAUUAAGAUUCGGACUCUGGUGGGUCUCUGUAAACUUGGCUCUGCGGGAGGCACUGACUAUGGUCUCAGACAGUUUGCUGAAGGGUCCACGGAGAAACUCGCCAAACAGUGUCGCAAGUGGCUGUGUAAUGCAAACAUAGACGCGAGAACCAGGCGCUGGGCUGUGGAGGGCAUGGCCUACCUCACACUGGAUGCCGAUGUGAAAGAUGACUUUGUCCAGGACAUUCCUGCUUUACAGGCCAUGUUCGAGCUAGCUAAGACCAGUGACAAGACCAUCCUGUACUCCGUGGCUACCACCUUGGUGAAUUGCACCAACAGUUACGAUGUGAAGGAGGUCAUCCCCGAGCUGGUGCAGCUCGCCAAGUUCUCCAAGCAGCACGUGCCUGAGGAGCAUCCCAAGGACAAGAAGGACUUUGUGGAAAAGCGGGUGAAGCGGCUGCUGAAGGCUGGGGUAAUCUCCACAUUAGCCUGUAUGGUAAAAGCUGAUAGUGCCAUCCUUACGGACCAGACCAAAGAGUUAUUGGCCAGGGUAUUCCUGGCGCUGUGCGACAAUGCAAGGGAUCGGGGCACCAUUGUGGCUCAAGGUGGUGGCAAGGCUCUGAUACCACUGGCUCUCGAAGGCACUGAUGUGGGCAAGGUGAAGGCUGCCCACGCUUUGGCGAAGAUUGCAGCUGUCUCAAACCCUGACAUUGCUUUUCCUGGGGAAAGGGUGUAUGAAGUAGUGCGUCCAUUGGUCCGACUCCUGGACACACAGCGUGAUGGACUCCAGAACUAUGAAGCCCUCCUGGGUCUGACUAAUCUGUCAGGAAGGAGUGACAAACUCCGUCAGAAGAUCAUUAAGGAGAAGGCUCUGCCAGACAUUGAGAAUUACAUGUUUGAGAACCAUGACCAGCUUCGGCAGGCAGCCACUGAGUGUAUGUGCAACAUGGUGGUCAGCAAAGAGGUACAAGAACGGUUCCUGGCUGAUGGGAAUGACCGGCUGAAGCUGGUGGUGCUGCUGUGUGGGGAGGAUGAUGACAAGGUGCAGAAUGCAGCAGCCGGAGCCUUGGCCAUGCUGACUGCUGCCCAUAAGAGGCUCUGCCACAAGAUGACCCAAGUGACACCGCAGUGGCUGGAGAUCCUGCAGCGGCUCUGCCUCCAUGACCGCCUGUCAGUCCAGCACCGGGGCAUUGUCAUUGCCUACAACCUGCUGGCAGCUGACCAGGAGCUGGCCAAGAAGCUGGUGGAGAGCGAGCUGCUGGAGAUUCUGACCUUCGUGGGCAAGCAGGAACCUGAUGAGAAGAGGAAACAGGUGGUGGAGGCUGCCAGGGAUUGCCUCAUCAAGUGUAUGGACUAUGGCUUCAUUAAACCCUUCUCUUAGACCAGGGGCCAGGAGGAGGGGGUGGCCACUGGGGCCCAUGUCCUGGGCAUGGGACUGGAUCAGGGGCCCUUGGAUCAGCUGGGAGUGGAGAGUGGAUUCCCACCCCCAUCACCACCUAGCGGUGACCAAUGAGGAAAUGGCAUCCUGAGUAUUUUGAUCUUUGUGCUCUGAGCUGUGCCUUGCUGGCUUUUACAAUGUGCCCCAAGAAGCCUUGGCUGACCCAAUGCUACCACCCCACUUCCGUACCUCCUACCACUGUAUUCCAGGGGUAUAUAAGAUUUCUCCCUUCUUAAAGGGGGCAGAGAGGUAUAAUUGGAGAAAGGCUGUAGGUUCUUCUCCACCAACUCCAGAGAUCGGGAAAUUGGUUGAGUUUCUUUUUUAUUUGUAAAUGGAGUGUUUAAGGUUGGAGCUGGCAUAGAACACUCUAAAUUAGAUUAAAUAAAGAUGAAUGCUUUCAUUUUUGAACUAAAUGGAAUCCAUCCUUCUUCUAUUCUCCGUCCAGAGCAGCUCUUGUCUUGUCCUAGGCUCUCACCCAAUAGCAAAAAAAUAACAGUCCACAGGAUCAUAGCUGUAGACCUGGAAAGGACCAUAGAGGACAUCCAGGGUACCUGCCUCAAUUUAUAGUUGAAGAAACUGAUGUCCAGAGAAGUUAAGUUUUCUGUCCAAGAUCACCUAGGGAAUAAAUGGCAGUGAGGAGUCUCUUUGUUGACUCCUGGUUUGUUUUUGUUUUUUUUUUCCAAUAGGAUGAGACAUGAUUUGACACCUAGCUUAGUAUCUUCUUCCCACUAACAUGACAGUUGAAAGAUGUCUUAAUGUAAAAACAAGAUAUAACAACAAAACUUCUCUGAGAAAAAAAAAGAUGGUAUAAACCUCUGAAAACGAAACCCACCCAAUUUCAGUUGCCUAUAUUCUAAACAGAAACCCAUUCCCUGCUCUGAAGCAGGGUUAACAACCAUGAUAGCAGCUCACAUGUAUUAAUCAAUAGUUAGUUAGGAAGGACUCACUACACUUUAGCUCAUUUGAGCUUUACAGAGAGGCUCAAUCAAGUGGUUAGUGUAAUUAUAAUUAUGCCCAUUUUACAGAUGAAGAAACGAACUCUCAAUGCCCAAGGUCGCAUGGGGUAGUUAGGUGGCAGAGCUGGAACUUGAACCCAGAUCCCUCUGUAUCUAGACCCAGGGUUCCUUACACUAGACUAUAAGACAUUGCCUCAGUGCAUAGUGUUACAUUGGCAAAACAAAACAAAACAAAACAAACUCAAACCAGAACAAAAUAAUGGCCCUAAGAGGUAAUAUUAUUAGAUCACAGAUUUUGAGAGUUGUUCAGUCGCAUCCAACUCUUCAUGAUGUUGUAAUACUAGGAAAAUUAGGAACCCCUGAGAAACCCCUAGCUACUGACAAGCACCCCCAGAAAGAAUGGACUCAGAUAUCUUUGGCAUUUAGCAACCCCCCUGGGACUCCAUGACUUCACCAAGGAAUGUCAAUAGAUAGGACCAUCCCACUGAAGGAUAACCUUGCAGACCCUUUCUAGCAGAUAACCCUGGGGCUCCGUGACUCCACCAAGGAAUGUAAAUGAGAUUAUCCCACUAGUACGAUAACCUGACUGAAUCUUUUGAUCAGCCAGGACCUUUGUUCCUGUCCCCCCCACCCCGUACCUAUAUAAGCCAAGCUGUCACCCCAACACAUGGCCAUUGAUUUGCGGUUGUUACCCCAAUGUUCCACCGGCUAAUAAAUUCUCCACUUAAAACUUA